AUCUUACUUGGCUGAUCAUCUCCAUGUUUAUACUGUAGCUCGAGCAUCGAGGUCAACCAACCAGCUGCUUCUGGAUGUGCAGCAGCAAACCCAACCAGUGUUUUCUUACACUCUGAUUCUUGUUUUUUCACCUGGUUGUUGACACAAAGUAUUUUUUUUUGAAAGAUAGCACACCGUGUUUGAAAUCCGGAAUGUAUUCUGCUUGUGUAAUCUGUUUUGGGUGAGACUUCACGUCUGAUCUUGUGUAUGCAUGCCUAUAUCUAUCGAGGCGGCACCAUUGGAGCCCCCUCAGAGGAAGAAGAGUCAGUCAGGAGAAAGGUGACUGCAGAGAAGGCAGCGUGCAGAACUUUCACUUUCAAGUGUGUUUAACUUUUUGCACCUUUAAUUCAAGAUGCAGCCACAAUGGACAGGCCUUUUUGUCACAGGGAUAUUGUUUGGGUUUGCGAUUUCCAGAAUGUUGGCAGUAGAGAGCAACAUGGAGGCAGAGACGGAUGUAUCUGAGGAAUCCAUCAUUAAGUCUCAGAGUAUGUGUGCUGGUGAACAGGAGUAUGUUCACAAGAGGAAAAAAAUUGUUCUGGCGUCUCUAAACGGACUGGGAGUCAACUGUACUGAAGACUCUGUUCCCAACAUCGCUCUGCUGGGUUCAGGUGGGGGUCAGAGGGCUGCCGUGGGUCUGAUGGGUUCCCUCUAUCAGAUAGAAAAAGAAGGUCUGUUGGACUCUAUGCUCUACCUGGGAGGAGUUUCUGGGUCGACAUGGACCAUGUCCUUUCUGUAUGAUGACCCAGAGUGGAGCAAGGUCAUGAACAUGACCAUGUCCAGGCUGGUGGAUUCAGAGGUGGAUCCGGAUGAGGUUCUGUCCUGGCUUGGGAAGAGAGCGACUGAAGAGGAUUUCUCCCUCACUGAUAUCUGGGGGGCGUUGACCUCUGCUGGGAUCAUGAAACAGAUGGACCUGCGAAAUCUUUCUGAAGAGGCCAACAGAAACGCAACCAACCCCUAUCCCGUCUACAGUGCCAUCGAGAAGUUCUUCUUUACAGAGGGGCCAGUGGAAGGGAAGUGGUUUGAGAUGACUCCCCAUGAGGCCGGUUUCACAGAGUUGGGUUUCUUCAUUGACACUUCUCUUCUGGGUAGCAAGUUUCAGAAUGGAGAGCUGGUGAAGAGGAUACCUGAGAUGGACAUGGUCCAACUACAAGGUAUCCUGGGUUCCGCAUUGGCUAGUGAAGGACAGAUCGUAGAGUACAUCGAGCACUGGCUGCACGUGCCUCGAGUUGUGGAUGCUACACAUAAAUUGUACCUGCAUACUUACACCGCCGUCCAUAAAGUCAUCAGUAUGGUCAGAGGCAUCUUCAGCCAUCCGAGUGCUCUAUCUGACCUGGACGAGCUUCAAAAACUUAUCACAGACACUGACAAGGCUCACCAAGAAGAACAUCCAAGCCAUGAGUCAAAGAGUACAGAAGAGAAGCAAAAUGUGUUCCAGACUUGGAGUCUGAAGCUGGUGUCUGUGGUAGAGAACUGGUGCAAAACACUGCCAGAUGGACCUUUGAAGACUACAUUCACUUUUAUAAAUGAGCGCGUCCUUCCUCUGAUUGUGAAGUGGGAGUGGGGAACCACCAACAACUAUCUCUACAAAUACGAAAACUCCAGCAUUCCAGAAAGCCUUAAAUCCAUGAAGAAUAUCCACCUGAUGGAUGCAGGGCUGCUGAUGAACGUCCCUUAUCCAUCAUUUCUGGGAGACAAGAGAGACAUUGACCUCUUCAUCGCUCCAGAUUUCAGCGCAGGGGAGAUGUUUGAGACCCUGACUUUGGCCAGGGAUUACGCAGCCCAGCUGAAGAAGCCUUUUCCAGAGAUAGACGAGAAAACCGCAGAGGAGAAAGCGUAUCCGGAGGACUUCUACGUGUUCCAAGGGAAGGAGAAGGAGCCCACCAUCGUUUACCUGCCACUCUUCAACAAUAGAAACUGCAAAGAUGCAGAGGAGGUCAAAGAGAGGAUGGCGAAGUUCUCCACCUUCCAUGGUCCCUACAGCAAGGAGGACACUAAUACUUUGUUGAAGGCGGCAAAAGCAAACAUCGAGAACAACAAAGAGAAUCUGCUGAGGGAGAUCAACAAGGCUGCUCUUCGCAGACAAAACAGGGAGGAAUGAGUAAUUUUGUAUUUGUAUGAAAAGACAAAAAAGUGACUAAACAGAUAUCAAACAUGUCAUAUCCUUCUUUUCUUUUGAAGGAAGUCAGUGCUGCAAAAAAUCUCUGAUUCCUGUCUUUUUGGUUUGGUGUGAUCCAGAAUCUGCAGUUUCAUUCUGGUGACAGGUCUUCACUUUCUAUGAAUGCAUGCUCUUAGAGUAGAUGAUAAUGAUGUUGACGGUGAUGGAUGAUGAUAUUCAGGUUAAACAGGAAUGUGGAUGAUGAUUAGUUUUUGUUGCUGAAGCAGUCUGGGAUUGUCAUUAAUGGAGUUCCUUUCUGUCUAGAUCCUUGCUUGUUUUGAUCUUACUCUCAGAGGAAAUUUUAACACUUUAAGUACACAACCAUUUAAUGCCAUCAUGCAAGCUGAGAUGAUGUAUUGCUCUUGGACAUACACAAUAAAUAAAGAUGUGUUCAAUGUG